GAUUCUUAAUUAGUUCCCAUUCGGAUUUUACAAAGAAAAGAUUUAACGUAGCAAUUAUGUAUAAGUUCGAGGAAAUAAAUUUGUACCAAGAAAAGCUAGACCUCAAAGAAUUCGUUAAGGAGGUCAACAUUGAAGAGAUGGAUGAACCAGUAAAUAUUUGCGACCUUUCUGUUUUGGCCAAAAAAUAUACGACUUGGUUAAGGUUCAUGCCGCGUGUUAAGCCCUACUAUGCCGUUAAAUGUAAUGAUGAUGGAAGAAUUGUUAAGGAGUUAGCUAAUUUGGGAACUGGAUUCGAUUGCGCCUCCAAAAACGAAAUUAAGCUGGCACUAGAAAUGGGUGCCAGUCCCGAAAGCAUAAUUUUUGCAAACCCCUGCAAGCCAGCGAGUCAUCUUCGAUAUGCUAAAGAGAAAAGGAUUAUGACAAGCACGGUAGAUACGGAGUACGAAAUUUAUAAGAUUGCUAAGCACUAUCCCGAGUCAAAUUUGGUCAUACGAUUUCUGUGUGAAGCUAAAGAUGCCCAAUGCCCGCUUGGAGAUAAAUUCGGAUGUAAUGCUGAGGCUGAUGCUGCGUCUUUAAUGCUCUUGGCUAAAAGUUUAAGUCUUAGUGUAACAGGAAUAAGUUUCCACGUAGGUUCCGGCUGCAACGAUUUUCCGGCAUAUAAUCGCGCCAUUUCUAUUGCUAAGAAUUUAUUUAAAUUUGGUGAAAUGAUUGGAUACAAUAUGAAAAUAUUAGAUAUUGGUGGUGGAUUUCCGGGAGCUGAUGAUGAUAAAUUUGCAACUAUAGCUGAGAUUGUCAACGCAUCUUUGGAGAAGUAUUUCCCAGACGAAAAUGUUGAAAUAAUUUCCGAGCCUGGGCGUUUCUUCGUAGCCUCAGCAUAUACACUAGUUUGUAAAAUUCAUGCUAAGCGAGAUGUUCGCUCUGAAAAGAAAGCUGAUUUGAGAAUGUACUACAUAAAUGACGGAGUGUAUGGAUCUUUUAAUUGCAUCUUAUAUGAUCAUCAGAAAGUAACGGCCGAACACUUCUUGGAGGAAAAUGAUAAUUUACAAAAGUUCAAAACGUUGAUAUGGGGCCCCUCCUGCGAUGCAUUAGACAAGAUUACCGACGAUGCUUAUUUGCCAAAUCUAUCAUGUGGAGACCUAAUAGCAUUUCCAAAUAUGGGCGCCUAUACAGUGCCGAUUGCAAGUCCCUUUAACGGUUUCCUGGUUCCCAAAACACUUUACUUCAAAGCGAAUUAAUGAGGUUUCAUAUUUUAAUAAAUAAUAUUUUCAUUUGUUAUUCAAAAAAAU